AUGGGCGAGCGGGAAGCUUCCUCGGCAGUUGCUCAUGUGGGAAGGCACAAGUUGUCCUCUGAUCUGCUGCUACUCUUUGAAAUUAUUGCCGUCUAUUAUGUAUGUAUGAUGUACGUUGCAGUCAUGUGUGUCCGUGUGCGGGCCCUCCUGCUGGCGUCGGUUCUGAUGAGCGUCGGCUGGACUCAUGCGGAUCAUGACAAGUGCCGUAACUACGGGGUCAGAUUCGAGCGAGUGUUCUCAGUCCCGGGCGAUGCAGCCAUGAUGAACUGCACGUUAGCGUCUCCUGAAGUCUUUAAUGUAUCAUCGACGUCGUACUGGGUGGAGUGGUACCGCGCGGAGACAGGACAACGCCUCAGCAACGUCAGCCGUGGCGUCUUGCUGCGAGGAGAGACUCUGUGGUUGCUGAAUGUCACUAAGCACCAUGAUGGAUAUUACCAGUGUGUCAUCAGGACAAGCUCCUCGGGCUGCUAUAAGCUUUCCACCCGGUUGGUAGUGGACGUUCCCGUGCAUGGCGAGUGCGGUCGUCCGCGUACAUCCUCUCAGGUCAUCACUGUUGGCGUGACCGACACACUUUCCUGUCCAGUCAAAGACGUUCUAAACGAGCUCCGCAGCUACGGCGCCCCCGCGUCUGUCACAUGGUACAGAGGUUGCGACCGGAUCGAGGACGGUUCGGACAAACACGUGUACAGAGACGGAGCCCGGCUGAAGAUCCGAGACGUAGACUCCCGAUGCAAUGGAUCCUACACCUGCACCGUCAACUUCAACCUGGGUGGCGCCGCGGCAUCCGUUUCGGAGACCGUCGAGGUCUGGGUGCAAGAGGAUUACUGCUUUGAGCCGCAAGUGCUGCAGCCGGCCAAUGAGAUCGUCAAAGCGGCUCCAGGGUCCCGUUUGACACGAACAUGCCAAGUGUUCGUGCCUUGCAUUGGCACCGUUCCCGAACACCCCAUGGUGGACGUUCUUUGGUUGGAUGACUUUGGCAUGAUUUCCACCGACAACUCUAAGAGGAUCUUCGCCUCACAAACACGCGUGUGGCGUACUGCUGUCCCACGUAAAGGUGUGUGGCUGGAAAACAUGCUGACAAUUUCAUCUGUGGAGGAAGCAGACUUCCUUCUCAACUUGACGUGUCGAGCAUACAGCGCUCGGGGCUUACCCCAAGCUCGCUUUGUCGUGCGGCCUCAAGAACCAGACGCCUCUGUGCCCGUGGGUUGUUCACUUGGUGGUGCAGCAGCACUGAUAGUCGUCGCCCUGGUGGUGUACUUGCGUUUCAAGAUUGACAUAGUGCUGUUCUUCCGGAGCUCUUUCCCGUUUUUCUAUGAAAACAAUGAUUGCGACGGAAAAGCGUUUGACGCUUACGUGAUGUCCUUCGACCCGCUCAACUGCCAGCCGAACGUUAGCGAGGGAGUGCGAACGUUUGCUCAUCAUAUUCUGCCGCAAGUUUUGGAAAAAGCUUGUGGCUACAAACUCUUCAUCACUGGACGAGACUGCCUGCCAGGACAAGCCAUGGUGGACUCUGUGCACGACAACAUGAAGGCCAGUCGCAGACUCCUCCUGCUGUAUGGCGCCUCCUCUUUCACGGGCCACAACAAACAUCCCACUAACAACAACAACAACGAAACCCCAGGUGAGGAUGCCUGCCCGGAUCCUCGAAGUCAACACGAAUGCGCACUGGCUAUGCAUCAAGCGCUCAUGGAGGGAACACUUAAGGUGGUUCUGGUAGAGCUUGAGGAGGUGAGUGCAACCCAGCUAGCUGUCUUCCCAGAGUCACUGCGUCACCUGCGCAAGAAACAGGGCGCUGUGUGCUGGUGGAAGAACAGCAGACGGCUGCAGCAUAACCACACGAGCUGGACCACCUGCACCAGGAAGGGCUCCCCGUCUGGGACCGGUGCACAGGAGCGGGAGGAAGCGGACUCGGCAGCCUGCCUGUCUCCUUCAUCCAGGUUCUGGAAGGAAAUCCGGUAUCACAUGCCAGUGAGGGGCAAGAGGAUAGCAACCCCUGAAAAGACACACCUCAUGAAGGUCUAG